AGAUGAACCUUUCUUUGAUUUUUCUGCUAGCAUGGAGCUCGGUUUUCCUGGGCGGCACUCACACUCUGAGUCGGAUUAGAAAAUCCGAUAUUGGCUUAAAAACUUUGGAGGAGCUGAUCUUGAUUAGAAAGACUUUGGACAGACAGGCUCUUAGGUUAAGAGGUGUGGAGAUCAAUCUGCAUCGUGUGCUUAGCAGGGUGAUACUUCUUUCCGAUGGGGAUGUGCAGUCACUGAGGACAACCUCCUCUAAGGAAGAUCAUUUAAAGGAGCUAUCGCUCCUUUUCGCUGAGUUAUUCAAGCGACUGGAUCAAGACGAGAAUCGUAAAGAUCUUAAUGAUAUAGCACAGCAAAUUAGAUUUAAUCCCCUGGAAAGUUCUUUAAAUGCAUCUGCUUUGAAAGAUGUUUCCAAAGAAAAUGUCUUACCAAAAGUUGACUUUUACCAGCCUGCCAAAUCGGAUUGCUAUGAACUGGAUGAAGAUGUUCGAGUUGAUGGCGUCUAUAAGUUUCUGGUUGCCGAGAGGAAUGAAAUCCAGCGAGAUUUUUACGAGCGUUACUGCGCCUUCGCCACCGAUGGUCCCGCCUGGACGGUGAUCCAGAACCGAGGUGGCGCCUUCGAUCCCCCCGAGAACUUUAAUCGCAGUUGGGAUGAGUAUCGCGCGGGUUUCGGCAAUCUAUCCCGAGAUUUUUGGUUUGGCAACGAGUUCACGCACAAGAUUCUCUAUCGCGAUGAUCAUAAGCUGAGAGUGGAAUUGCAGGAGGAGCAGGAGCCAAUGGAUUGGGCAGAGUACUCCGUGUUCCGGCUGGACAGCGAGGGCUACAACUAUCAGCUUUUUGUGGAGGGAGGCUUCCGGGGCUCUCUUCCAGAUGCCCUGCAGCAGCACAACCAAACGGAUUUUAGCACCUACGAUCGUCGUAGCGAUCUUGGAACAUCCGAAGAUUCCACCUGUGGCGAGAGUUACGGCGGGGGAUGGUGGCUCGGUCGCUGCACACCGUCCAAUCUAAAUGGAGAACAUGGUGUCCACCAGAGAUUAUGUCCAGCAAUCAUCUGGAUGAAUUGGCGGAACGGAACUCUCAAACCGAAAAACUCGCGCAUGAUGAUACGACCUGUAAGCCCGAUUCCGGGUGACAACUUUGACGAGGAUUAGACGGCGGUGAACUGGGAAAUUUAAA